AUGUUCAAAGCUGAAAAAAAGAUUUGUCUUACACAUCUAUUUCUUGGCCGAACAGCUGGAGGAAAGAAGAAUACGGCCAUCCUUGAAAAUUUUGACCUACGGAAAUUAGAAUCAUUACUGAUUCCAAGAGUGAAUUCGUCGAAAUGGGCUAAGCUAAGUCAGUCCCUAUUCUGCAUUAAGGAGAUCCAGCUUCGGAAUACAAUACAGCAUUUGCCCUAUUAUGCUCUCAGAGAAGUUCAUUAUAUGACGAAUAUUCCCGAGAAGGACUUCGUUUACUUGUUCCGCCAUCCAAUAAGUUAUUUAUCUAUGAAGCGUACAACCAAUGAAGAUGAGGACGACGAGGAUGAAGAUGAAGAUGAGGAUGAAGAUGAACAUGAAGAUGACGAUGAAGAUGAUGAGGAUGAUUAUUAUUAUGGUUAUGGUUCUAAGCGAUCAGAUUGGAAAUUAAGUCGAUUGGAUACGUUGAAAACUUUAAAACGAUUGAAAAUAGAUAACAAGAAAUAUUACGUUGUCAAAUCAAACGGGAAGACGGAUUACAUUGAAUUUGACAAUUUCUUGUAUGAACCCUAA